CUUGCUCCACUUCUUCCUGCAGAGUGCUAGCUCUCUUUUGCAUUGAUCAGGUCAUGAAUCAAAAUGGAAGUGAGCAGCAGCAGAGUUGGGGUAUAAAAUUUGUUUCAAAUGGUGUUCCCUGGCUCUGUUCCACACUUCAUAAAUAAUAACUCUCACCUCAUUUUGGCUACGAAGACAAGCAAAAGCAAGCUGCCGGUGUCUUUCUUCAGCAAACCUAAGUGCUCUCUCAGAGAGGCAGGACUGAGCGCUCUCUUAUUAACUGACAUUAUCAAGGAAACGCACUUGCUUUCUUCUUUUGGCUGCGAUUUUUGUGCCACAGUUGCGGCAGCAUCUUGAUGGGGAAGCUGAUCUCCAAAGACCGGCGCAAAAGAGAUGCUCGAGUUGUCAUGCUGGGGCUUGACUUGGCUGGCAAGUCCACCCUUCUGUACAAACUCAAGAGCGGUCAGGCUGUGGAGACCUGCCCAACGGUUGGCUUCAACGUGGAGUCUCUGCAGACACCCUGUGGUGUAUCCUUCACCCUCUGGGACAUCGGCGGACAAGGCAGCCUGCGGCCAAGCUGGCCUGACUACCUAGAGGACACCGACACCCUCAUCUUCGUGCUUGACAGCACAGACACAGCGCGACUGCCUGAGGCGGCGGCAGCGCUGGAGGAUGCCCUGAGCCACCCCGGCAUGGCUGGCAUCCCCAUCCUCCUGCUGGCCAACAAGCAGGACAUGCCGGGAGCACUGGCUCCAGCCGAGCUGGGGGAGAAGCUGUGCUGGGGGCAGCUGGCCAGGCACCGCUGGGUGCUCCGGGGAUGCAGUGCCCACACGGGGCAGGGCCUGCAGGAAGUCCUGGCCAUCCUGGGAUUGCUGCUGCGGGGCCUGGAGCAGAGCUUCCCAUCCCAAGAGCAGCCCUUCACAGGGCUGGUGGGGAGCAGGCAAGCUCUAGAGCAAACCUGAACCUCGGGACCAUCUUUCCCACUCAUGGAGGAUCCCAGCCUCUGGGUACCCCCUAACCUGAGCAGAUCUGCAGCUGGCACACACCAUGGAAUGCCCAGCCACUCACCACUGAAACCCACCAAGAUGACCUCCGAGCAAAACUCCCAUCAUGGAGCAUUCUUGGCCCCAUCUCUUGGACUCUCAUCGCCAGCUGCAGUUUGUCUGCUUUUGCCAAGCUCUGUUCAUCCAUUGUGUGCAGUGCUUCAGCAGGGAUGCUUUUUGUCAGAUCAAUAUAAACUAUAACAGAGAUGUGCACAACAGACAGAAGAGGUUUUAUUCUUUCUGUGGCUCCCAGCCCAGAUGCAGAUAUCCUGAUGGGGUGAACCCCACAGGGGGGUGUUUGAAUGUGUCCCACGCUGCUUCUGUCUCAGCUUGAAUCACAUAUUCAUUGGCUGGAAAAGCAAACAGCCUCUAAAAGAAAUGGCUAAAUGGGAGCAGCAGAAGUGCAGGACUUGAAAUGUCUAACAGCUAAUUGAUGUUAGUGCAGCAUCUGCAGGUAUGAACUUCAAGCCAUGGAAGCAAGUAAGGAUUUGAUGGUGUAAUGAGGUUUGAGGAUGUGUAUAUAAUUUCUGCAUUUCUUGUUCUGGGUCUUUCUUGUCUACUCACUGCUUUUAUCCAAACUGAUUUAAUGAAAAUUGUACCUCAUCUUCCUUGUACUUUAUAUAAAUAUGAAUAAAUUAAACCUGACUUCUAGAUGUUGGAAACACAUCUGCAUGGCCACUCAACCUCUAAAUAUCCUCAUGGUGGUCUGAACAGCCAAGAUGAAAUCCCAUCUCUCAGACUUUUUGAAACUGGACAAGACCACUCUACAUGCAACGACUGGUAGCCAUGGACACUUAUGGGCACAGGCAGGUUGGCAACCAAAGGGACCUCCACACUCAACUGCAUCAGGGUAGCUGAAAUGCCCUUGGCAGCUCACAGUGGGGCUGGGUGGGUCCCUUAUUGCAGUAGUGGUCUUUGUCCAACCCUGCUCAGUCUACACAGAAUAUGUGCCUGAGGGUUCCCUGUACACAAA